GGCCUCAUCGUCGACGACGUCGUCCGGCGGAAGCGACCGACGAGCGUCCUCGAGGUCGGGUCCUUCCUGGGCUACUCGGCCGUCCGCAUCGGGAGCCAGCUCCCCGAGGGCGCGGCGAUGGUCUGCGUCGAGGCCUCGGACGAGUUCGCCGCGACGGCCCGGCGCAUCGUCGCGCACGCGGGCCUGGGGUCCGUCGUCGACUUCGUCGUCGGACGGGCCGAGGACGUCGACCUCGGGGGCCUCGCCGGCCGCUUCCGCGGCGGCGCCGCGGACCUCGUCUUCCUGGACCACUGCAAGGAGUGCUACGCGCCGGACCUGCGGCGCCUCGAGGGCGCGGGCCUCGUCGCCAAGGGCACCGUCGUCGUCGCGGACAACGUCGUCUACCCGGGCGCGCCGGGCUACCUCGACGCCGUC